UAAACGGAGAAAACUUUAGGGUUCAAAACUAUCCCGUUAAUUCACUCGAAAAAAAGAGCGGGAGAGACCGGAGAACACACACACACACUCUCUCUCUCUCUCUCUCACUUCACUGACCUCUCUCCCUCUCUCUCUCUCUAACCAAACCGAAAAUGGGCGUCCGCCACCUCACCGUGCUCGGCGAGUUCAAGCCCUUCGGCUUAAUCGCCGAAGCUCUCGACGGCAAGCCCGCCGAUGACGUCCCGGACAAGUACGAUUACUUCCUCUUCGACCCCGACACCGUCCGAGAUCGCGACGAGACCGACGACCACGACGUUCUCAGCUCCGCCUUCAGCGACCGCUGCGACCACGAGCUCUUCAUUCGAGGCAAUCGGAUAUUAUGGUCAACAGGUCCACGAGUCUGUAAGAGAUUCACCUUGCCUUCUCCAGUAAUCAAGGCUUGCUGGUGUCGUCUGGGUGAUAGGACUAAAGCUAGUCUCUGUGUAUUACAAAUGGCUUGUUUAACAAUCUGCAACACCUCGGGUGAAGUAGUAUCAAUACCUGUAUCGGAAACCAUUACAUCGAUAUGGCCUCUACCAUUUGGUUUACUACUCCAGCAAGCAGCUCAACCGAGUUUGACUACAUAUGUUCCUUCGUUAUCUUCAAGCCCUUUGUUUGGUGCAAGUCCUUCUGUGUCUUCUCUAAGACGAGAAGUACUGCAUACGAGAAGAGAAGUUGGACUAAGUCCACAGCAUAAUUUCAGUUUUGUGAGUGCAAUUGAUCAUGUUGUCAAGGAAGAAACAAGUUCAAUGUCCUCACAUCUAAUUCUGCAAGAUCCAUUGGAAGAACCGCAAUCGGCAUAUAUUGAAGAAAGAGGAAAGUCAAACAUAAUGAAGGAAUUUGAUGAAAAAACUAUCUGGACAAGUGAUCGGAUUCCCCUUAUGGCAUCAUAUAAUACAGGAAAGAUGCAACAUUCUGUGUGGGUCGCGGAAACCAGUAAUUUUAAUCUUGAUCUGGCAAAUGCUAACUUAGUAGAUGCAGUUCCUACUGAUAUUGUAGCAAAACACUUCUCAUUUCGUAGAAUAUGGCAAGGGAAGGGUGCGAAGACAGCUGCUAGCAAGGUUUUCCUCGCGACUGAUGACGAUGCAGCUCCUAUUAUUUGCUUUCUUCACCAAGAACAAAAAAAGUUGCUGUCUGUAAGGCUUCAAAUUGUUGAAAUAAAUAAUGAGCUUCUCAUUGACAUUAAACCUGACAUGAGCUGGAGCAUACCUGCUGUGGCAGCCGUACCUGUAAUUGUUACCCGCCCUAGAGCAAAAGUAGGACUGCUGCCAUAUUCGGACAUGCUCAUUUUGGCACCUGAAAAUGCCCUUCUUCUCUAUUCAGGGAAGCAAUGCCUGUGUAGGUAUAUGUUGCCUUCUUGUUUUAGUAAAGGCCGGUUUUCACAUAGUAUGGAGUUUCCAGAAACAUCCGUUUCCCAGGGUAUGAAGAUUGUGGGAUUGGCUGAUGCUGUUGAGGGGCGUAUCAAUGUUACAGUAAAUAAGGGGCAGAUAUAUCGGUGUGUAUUACGAAGAAGCCCUACAUCUUCUCUGGCAAAUGAUUGCAUCACAGCUAUGGCUGAGGGACUCAGUUCCAGCUUCUACAGCCAUUUUCUUAGUCUUCUAUGGAAAGAUGGCGACUUCGCUUAUUUAUCAGAAGCUGAUUCUAGUGUUCAUUCAGAAUGGGAUUCUUUUCGCAGCAUUAUCAUGGAAAUGUGUCAAUCAAGUACCACUUCUAAAAUGAUCGCGAACCCAAUACCUCAGUCAUCUUGGGAGUUUCUUAUUAGCAGUAAAUUUCACGAAAUUUUUUGCAAAAAUAACUUCAUUGCUCAAAAUUCUUCUGUAAUGUCAUUGGAUGUACGAAGACUGGACGCCUCUCGGUUAAAUACAAAUAGCACCCAAAGGCUAGAGAAAACCUUUUACUCUGAGCUCUUGAUGGAGAGUUUACAUUGUUUGCAUGCAGUAUAUGAAAGCCUGAAACUAAAUAGUCUUCGCAAGCGGGACUUGGAGCUCCUCGGAUCUCUGUUAUGCUAUAUUGCUAGGUUUCUGGGUGAGGAAAGCUAUGUUGACCAUUACAUUCGUGACUUUCCUGGCCUUUCCGGAAGUGUUGGGACAUGUGAAAUAUCCUUUUCACAGGAAUCUCCUCCAAGUUUAUUCAGAUGGCUUGAAAAUUGUUUGCUAUAUGGACACAACUCAGCUAAUACCAAUGAUCUUCCACCAUUGAUUUGUAAAGAGGGAAAGUCUGUCGUGAACUGGGCCCGGAAGAUAGUGUUAUUCUAUAGUUUGUUAACCGGUGCCAAAGAAAUAGGGAAGAAACUCUCGUCUGGUAUUUACUGUAAUAUUGCCACGGGAUCAUACUGCACAAAUGAGGAACUCACAGUUCUAGCAAUGGUUGGGGAAAAAUUUGGACUGCAACAGCUUGACUCACUGCCUUCUGGCAUGUCUCUUCCUUUGCGACACGCAUUGGCUAAGUGUCGGGAAUCUCCUCCCACUGGUUGGCCUGCAGCUGCAUAUGUUCUUCUGGGCCGUGAAGAUUUGGCUUUGUCAUGUUUGGCACAAACAUGCAAUUCUAAGGAACUUGAAACUGAAACUAAUGUGAAUUUCAUCUCUAUGUCUGCACCUUACAUGCUACAUUUGCACCCGGUGACAAUUCCUUCUGCAGUUUCUGAUACAAAUGGAUUGGACAAUACUAAGUUUGAGGACACAGAUUCGAUUGACGGGUCUAUGACAGAUGGUAUGGAGCAUAUCUUCAACUCAAGCACACAGUUGCGAUAUGGUCGUGAUUUGCGACUGAAUGAGGUUAGACGGCUCCUGUGCUCUGCAAGACCCGUGGCAAUUCAAACAUCUGUUAAUCCUAGUGCGUCUGAUCAGGACCUCCAACAGGCCCAGCUAUGGCACCUUGCACAAAGGACUACUGCCCUUCCUCUUGGCCGUGGAGCAUUCACUCUUGCAACCAUAUAUACACUUCUGACAGAGGCCUUUGUAGUCCCGAAGAUUGUAUUAGCAGGUCGAUUGCCUGCCCAGCAAAAUGCAACUGUUAAUCUGGACCCGAAUGUGAGGAAUGUAGAAGAAAUUAAAACUUGGCCUGAAUUCCACAAUGCUGUUGCUGCUGGACUAAGGCUGGCUCCUCUUCAGGGAAAGAUGUCAAAGACGUGGAUCAAAUAUAAUAAACCAGAGGAGCCAAAUGCUGUUCAUGCCGGACUUCUCUUUGCUUUAGGAUUACAUGGUUACCUACGUGUUUUGAAUAUUACUGACAUAUUUCAGUAUUUUCGACAGGAACAUGAAAUCACAACUCUAGGACUAAUGCUUGGCCUGGCAGCUACCUAUAGAGGGACUAUGCAACCAGAAAUAUCUAAGUGUCUUUUUGUUCAUAUACCUGCUCGACAUCCAUCUUCAUUUCCAGAAUUGGAGUUACCAACGCUUCUACAGUCAGCAGCUCUAAUGUCAGUUGGGCUUCUUUAUGAAGGAUCAGCGCACGCACAAACAAUGCAGAUUCUCUUGGGGGAAAUAGGACGUAGAACUGCAGGUGAUAAUGUACUAGAAAGGGAAGGUUAUGCUGUUUCUGCAGGAUUUUCCCUGGGUCUUCUUGCAUUGGGUCGGGGAGAAGAUGCUCUCGGUUUCAUGGAGACAGUGGUCGACAAAUUGUUCCAUUAUAUUGGUGGAAAAGAAGUUAAUGAUAGAUCCAUUUCAUCAACACUAUCAGUAGAUGACAAUCGUGCUGCUGCGCAGAUGAUGGAAGGGACUGCAGUGAAUGUUGAUGUCACAGCACCUGGAGCCACAAUUGCUCUUGCUUUAAUGUUUUUAAGGACCGAAUCACAGGCAAUUGUGUCUAAGCUCUCUAUUCCUCGUACACAAUUUGAGCUGCAAUAUGUGAGGCCUGAUUUCAUUAUGCUUCGCGUCAUUGCUCGAAAUUUGAUAAUGUGGAGCAGGAUUCAUCCUUCCCAAGAUUGGGUACAGUCUCAGAUUCCGGAUAUUAUCAAAAAUGGUGUCAAAUUCCUUGGGGAUGAUACUGAUGAUAUUGAUGAAAUGGAUGCUGAAUCAUUUGUUCAGGCAUAUGUCAAUAUAGUGGCUGGAGCCUGCAUUUCUCUUGGGUUGAGAUUCGCUGGUACAAAGGAUGGGCACGCACAGGAGUUACUUUACAACUAUGCUGUUUACUUUUUAAACGAGAUCAAGCCAGUUUCUGCUACAAGUGGAAGCUUCCCAAAGGGAUUGUCUCGCUAUGUUGAUCGGGGGACUCUGGAAAUAUGCCUGCAUCUCAUUGUUCUUUCCUUGUGUGUGGUAAUGGCUGGUUCUGGGCAUUUACAAACCUUUAAGCUAUUGAGAUUUCUCCGCAGCAGAAAUUCUGCUGAUGGGCAUGUUAACUAUGGCGUUCAGAUGGCUGUAAGCCUAGCAAUUGGUUUCUUGUUCCUUGGUGGAGGAAUGCAGACAUUUUCAACAAGCAACAGUUCAGUUGCCGCUUUGCUGAUUACUCUUUACCCACGCUUGCCAACUGGACCAAAUGAUAAUAGAUGCCAUUUCCAGGCAUUUCGACAUUUGUACGUACUGGCAACGGAAGCUCGCUGGAUCCAGACUGUUGAUGUUGACACUGGUCUACCAGUGUAUGCCCCCCUUGAAGUUACUAUAAGGGAAACUGAGCAUUAUGCAGAAACAAGUUUUUGUGAGGUUACACCGUGCCUUCUGCCAGAGCGUGCCAUUUUGAAGACACUACGUAUUUGUGGUCCUCGGUACUGGCCUCAAGUCAUAGAUCUCGUCCCUGAAGAUAAACCUUGGUGGACCUCUGGGGACAAGAAUAGCCCAUUUAAUUCUGGUGUUUUGUAUAUCAAGAGAAAGGUUGGAGCUUGUUCAUAUAUUGAUGAUCCCGUAGGGUGUCAGUCGUUGCUGUCACGUGCAAUGCAUAAGGUGUUUGGUUUGACAAGUUUAAAAGCACCUAGCCCAUCCUCUAGUGGCCAACAUGGACUUGGUUCAGUUACAGUUGAUCAGUUGGUUGGUACCUUCUCCUCCAAUCCUAGCUUAAUUGCAUUUGCACAACUCUGCUGUGACCCUUCCUGGAAGAGCAGAUCUGAUAUUGACUUCCAGGAAUUUUGCUUGCAAGUGUUAUUUGAGUGUGUGAGCAAGGACAGGCCUGCUCUUUUACAGGUCUAUUUGUCAUUAUACACGACAAUGGGGUCAAUGGCAGGUCAAGUAACUAGUGAUACUGUUGUUUUAUGUGACUCGUUAUCUAUCUCCAAUCUUAAGCUUGCACUAGCAUACAAUGAGGCUUUGUUGAGUGGAAGAUUGACCUCUUCGAGAGGUGGCAUUGUUCAAUCCAACUUUAUAGCAUGUCUUCGGAAGCAGGUGGAAGCACUCCUAGAUUGUUCUCAGGACUUGAAGGAUGAUUUUUGUAAUUAUAUGUAUUCCGGGAAGUGGCCAAAUGCGGAAGAAUCCCAGGGAAAUAAACGUUCAAUACUUCUUUCUUGGUACCUUCAAUGGUUUUGUGUACCAGCACCAUAUGCAAUUAAGACAGCUGUGGACAAAGUCAAGCCCAAGCUCAAGUCAUCCUCAUCUUUGGUCCCUUUUCUGCGGUUAUUAUUUCCGAAAGCUCAUGUCAAUGCUAUUGCUGAGAUAGAUAAGCUCUUCUCAUCCACUAAUGGUAGAUAAGGCAUAGAUGGUACGCUGGAGAUUUGUUCAGAGAUUUUGAUGUCCAGAUUCCAGGUAGGAUCUGUUCUAUUCUGUUUGUAUAACCAAUGUAACAUCUACAUUGUUCAAGCUAUAUAUGCAAAAUGACAACUAAAAUAGGAAUUCUUAUUUAUCUUGGUAAUCA